AUGUCCACCAAUAGCCCUAGGGUUACCGGGGUCCACGAUAAUGGCUUGCCUGGAAUGCGUGUUGCAGACUCCAGAAACAAACUGGGUGAUGGAAUACAAGACACGCAACAUAGAGAUACGAGCGAAACAUCUGAUCGAUGCGAGCACGGGGGCGAAUAUUCCGACGAGGAAAGCGAUGGUAGCGAUAUGAGCGAGACAGGGGGAGAUGUUGGGUCCGAUACUAUGGAUCGCAGUGAGAAGGGGAGUUUCUACGAGAGCAAUCACAGAACUGAGGACUUCCACAGUGAGAGGGGGUCAUUUUACGACAGCGACCGCGGAACUGAGGACGCCCGUAGUGAGACGGGCGUUACUUAUGACAGCGACCACCGAACCGAGGACGUCCACAGCGAAUACGGCAGCGAAUAUAGUAGCAGUGCUGAGAGCAUGGUAGAUGCAGAGAGUGUUCAUCUCCAAGAACAACAGCACCAGCCCUCCGGCAUAACCUAUAACCAAAAAGUUUUAUAUGCGCCCAACAAAGUCGCAGAAGCUGCACCGGCAAAUCAGACACCAAAUCUUGUCAUAAAAAUCCACCAAGACCGCUAUAUAGAUCAACAAGCAUCCGCGUCCCGAAGCCAAAGUCACACGCAAAAAGAUAUUUUCGACCAGGACCAACGAAUUGAGGCUGAUGAUGUACGUCAUGAGCAAGAGCUCCAGGCUCAGCCAACCAACGAUUGCUACCCACAGCAAAAUGGUCAACGGGAGCUUGAGCAAGCCUUUUCACGGCAGCCCCCGGAAGGGCGAGAUGUGAGAUUGCAGAAUAUACAGGCCGCACAAGGAUUUCCAAGGGCAGCAGUACCUUCUUCUGAGCCUGAUACUGCAACCGACUUGGAUUUCCCCGAGUCCAACUUUGACGAUAAAUCUGAGUACUCGGCUGACUAUCACAACGGGGAGAGUGAAACUAGAGCAUACGAGGCGGAGAAUCAUCGGCCAGAGAUAGCGAUGCGCCGGCCGGAGCUAACAUCAAAUAUGCGCGAAUCAGAAGAGCAGCGCUUUCCCCUGAUGAACGUAGAUACGAAUACAAUAACGACGGAGCAAAGAAACCCCCAAGUAUGGCAAGAAGUGCAAAGUCCAACGGCAUCACUUGAGAACCUAGAAAUCAACACUGAAUUUGCGCAGCGACGGCGAUUUCUCAGCCAUUUGAAAGAGAAGCAGAGACAAGAAGAAAUAGCGGCAGAGGAAGAAGCUCUCCAGCUAUAUGCACAACAUAGAGAGACACGACAAGAUCUCAUGUGGCUAGAUUUCGAAGAGGGAAAACAGCAACGGGCUGCGAAUGCGCGACGGCGAGUAUUUGAGACCGCGCAAGCAAGGGAAGAAUAUCAGGAAGAAGAGGUCGAUGAGCAAGUACCGUGCACACUUCAGACAGCUCAAGCUGCCUAUGAAAAGGGAAUUCAUGCGGCGCAGGAGCAAUCUAAACUCCAGGCUCUAGAAGCGCGCAAGGCUAAGGAAGAAGAACAGCAGAGUAUCGCCGAUGAAGAGGCACGAAGAAACGUCGACAUAGCAGCUAGGAGGGCUGAAGAGGCGUGGCAAAUUCAGGAAGAAGAUCGACAGGAAGCCGAGCGAUAA